AUGGCUCAACCGCAAGCACAAGUCCAACCGUGCCGAUACAAGACUGGGAAAACGCUGGGAGCUGGCUCGUACAGUGUUGUGAAAGAAUGCGUGCAUAUCGAUACCGGCCGAUACUAUGCGGCCAAGGUCAUCAACAAGAGGCUUAUGGCCGGGAGAGAGCACAUGGUGCGCAACGAGAUUGCGGUGCUGAAGAGAGUGUCAAUGGGACAUCAGAAUAUCCUCACGCUGGUCGACUACUUUGAGACUAUGAACAAUCUCUAUUUGGUGACUGACUUGGCCCUCGGCGGCGAGCUCUUUGACCGUAUCUGUCGAAAAGGCUCAUACUACGAGUCCGACGCGGCCGACCUUAUUCGAGCGACUCUUUCAGCUGUCGCAUAUCUCCACGACCACGGCAUCGUUCACCGCGAUCUGAAACCCGAAAACCUUCUCUUCCGAACGCCAGAGGACAACGCCGAUCUGCUAAUUGCAGACUUUGGUCUUUCUCGUAUCAUGGAUGAAGAGCAAUUCCAUGUCUUGACCACGACUUGCGGUACUCCAGGAUAUAUGGCUCCUGAGAUAUUCAAGAAGAGUGGGCAUGGAAAGCCAGUCGAUGUGUGGGCGAUUGGUGUGAUCACAUACUUUCUUCUCUGUGGCUACACUCCCUUCGAUAGGGACAGCAAUCUGGAAGAGAUGCAGGCCAUCUUGGUUGCGGACUACAGCUUUACACCUUUGGAAUACUGGCGUGGAGUCAGCUUGACGGCACGCCAAUUCAUCAAGCGAUGCCUCACGAUCGACCCGACCAAACGCAUGACCGCCCAUGAGGCACUCACUCAUGAAUGGAUUGCCGGCCCAGAAAGCGGUCGCGGCGACGAGGAUCUGCUGCCAACAGUCAAGAAGAAUUUCAACGCCCGUCGAACGCUGCACAAGGCCAUCGAUACAGUCCUUGCAAUCAACCAACUCCGCGCUGGUGGAAUGGGCAUGAUGGACGGUGCCAUGUCUUUCAACCCCGACCGCGUAAAGCCAAAGGACGAAGACGUCAACAUGACCGAUGCAAGUGGUCCUGAGGUUGUACAGCCAGUCGAUAGCAUGGACCCGCGAGGCAACGCCAAAGGUCAGACACAAGAGCAGAUUGAUGAACAGCAGAGGAGACAACAGCAAGCCAUUAAUGGGCUCUGGCAAGGCAAGGCCCAAGGCCAGCCAGCAUGA